CAUACAUUCAUCAUCAACUUCUUACGAAACCUUACGAUACAUGCGCUUCUACCUAGCCUCGUAACUUCAUACACCUCAUCUCAUAUACCUUCGCGCCAUAUUUCUAUCCAAUACUCCCCGCGAUUCAUCCAUUAUUUUUUUUCCUUGAUUAUUAUUAUUAUUAUUAUCUUUUUUCUUCUCAACCCUCCCUCCCCCCAAAAAGAAUAGAAACCAAAAGAUGUGUUCCCCAGACCUGUUUCUCGCCUAUUUGGCCAUCCUAUUCCCCCCUCUACCAGUCUGGGUCAAAACCGGCAUCUGCUCCGCCGACUCCAUCAUCAACAUCCUGCUCUGCUUGUUAGGCCUCCUCCCCGGCCUCCUGCACGCCUGGUACAUCAUCUACAAGUACCCCGAGACGUACGAGUACGAUUCCGUACCGCAGGACAGCGAGCGCGGCCCCGGCUCCCACGUCACCUACGUCUUCGUGCAGGAGCCCCAGCCCCAACCCCGUCCUCAAGCCCAGCCCAAGACCGCUUCCGGCUCUUACCCUAGCUACGGAGCCACCAACACCAACACCAACAACCCCCGCUCUUCUCCCUCGUCCGCUGCCGGUCCUUCUGAAGCCCCCCAUCACGACCACGACCACGAUCACGAGGGCCGCGCCCCGCCCACCUACGCCGAGGCCGUUAAGGGCGACCACAAGAUCCAGACCCAGGACUAGAGAUCUUUCGUGUUCUCCGCCGCGCCCUCCCACCCGCGGCCGCGAUGGUGGUUAUGGUUGGAUCGGUACCCUAAAGGGUUCUGAGUUCCAAGAAUCCUAGUAGGGGUAUGUAUGGUUGCUCUUAUAAAGAUAUAAAAAAAAGAAAAGAAAAAAGAA